UUUUCAUCGUUUAUAGCCCUUCUGACGAGCUUUAGGUACAACAGUUAUUUUACAAGAAUGGAACCACUAAAUAUGAGCAUAGAUGAGGACACAGGGAAACCUGAAGUCACAACAGAUAUAAAUAUUACUGGAGAAGAGGAAAAGAUCUUUGAUACUCUUCUUGAAGUCGCUAAGUUGAACAGCCUGAAUACAACCAUUAGAGUCAAUGGUGGCUGGGUCAGAGACAAAAUGUUACACAAAGACUCUAAGGAUAUUGACUUCGCACUAGAUGAUAUCUCAGGAGCUGAGUUUGCAGGCAUGCUUAGCAAACAUUUGUAUCCAGGUGAAAAAGAGAAAUUUGGAGUUAUCAAAGCAAAUUCUGAGAAGUCUAAACAUCUUGAAACAGCUACUCUGAAAGUUCAUGGUCAAUUCAUUGACCUGGUUAACCUGAGAUGUGAAGAAUAUGCUGAUGAUUCAAGAGUUCCAGAAAUUAAGAUUGGGACUCCUCUCCAAGAUGCCUUAAGGAGAGAUUUGACAAUAAACUCUAUGUUUUACAACAUCAAUGAGAAGAAAAUUGAGGAUUUCACAGAGAAAGGAAUCGACGAUCUUAGAGAAGGAAUAAUCAGAACUCCAUUAGAACCCCUCCAGACAUUUUUAGACGAUCCUUUAAGAAUUUUAAGAACCAUCAGAUUUGCUACAAGAUUUGGCUUCAAGAUAGUGGAUGAUAUUCAUGAAGCAAUUGCACAGCCAGGGAUCAAAGAAGCUCUUGCUAAGAAAGUUACAUUCGAAAGAAUAGGAAGGGAGACUGACCUCAUGUUGUCAGGAGAAAACCCAGAAGACUCCAUUGAGUAUUUCCAUAGAUACCAAAUUUUCUCUCAUUUACUGAAGUUUCCUUCAACUUGUGAGCCACUUCAGUCUGAAGAGGCAGUUAAUGAGUAUACUUUCGAAUCUCUUAAGAUCUGUAAGAUAUUGGGAAAACUAUUCAAAGAAAUCAAAGCUAAUACCUCAUUCAUGGGAAUAGAAUGGCUACAAGGAGAUCAGUUAAAGGAGUUCCAGAGGAACCUCUUUUACUCUGCAAUCUUAGUUCCAUUCAGGAGCUAUGAGUACAGCAUUAAGAAGGGUAAGAAGUUAAAGCAAGAAAAGGUUCACUCAUACGUGAUGUACGAGUCAUUAAAGCAACCAAACAAAUCAAAGAAUUUUGCUGCAGGGUGUUUGGAUAAUUUAGACAGAUUGAUUGAACUAGCUAACCAAGAACAUUUUAACACCCUAGAGAUUGGAUUAUUUGUAAAGCAACUAGGCGAUCUAGUACACCCAACUAUCUUGUUAGCAAUCUGCCUUGAAAGCUUUGGAAUGUACUUCCAUGAUCCAGAAGCAGAACUAGAGAAGGAAAAGAUUGAUGAGUUUGUAGAAAAGUAUCAGCAAUUUUAUGCCAAGAUGAUCGAGGCAAAAGUAAACAAUGCUCAUAAGAUAAAGCCAUUGCUGAAUGGCAAAGAUCUGAUGACUCUUUAUCACAUCAAAGGUGGAGCAGUACUUAAAAUAUUAGUAGAAGAAGUAUUCAAAUGGCAAAUAUUGAAUCCAGAUGGAACCAAAGAUGAUUUGAGUGAAUAUAUGCUCAGCAAGAAAGACGAAUUUAUUAACAGAUAAGCAAGGGAGAUUUCAAUAA